UCGGUUCCGGGAGACGCGUUGGCAAUUUCCUAAACACCGUCCAGUGACCUGCUCGGUACCGCAGCCUCGGUCCUACAACGUUCGUGGAUUAUUGGAACCGGCGGAAAGACGACCUGCUGACACAGAGGGCGCGACGUCGAGUUGAUAUGAGCAGGGUUCCCUGACAUGGACACAGAGAUGAUUCCUAAAUUUUCAUCAAAGGAUGAGGAAGUGGAUUACUGGAAGUCCCAAGCCCUUAAAUAUAAGAAAAGUUGCCAAGAUGCACAAGAAGAGCUGCAGGAGUUCCAGGAGGGUAGCCGAGAGCUGGAGGCUGAAUUGGAGGCACAGCUCAUCCAGGCUGAACACCGGCUUCGAGACCUACAAACCGAAAACGAGAGGCUGAAGAACGAAAUGUCCAACCUCAAGGAUAAGCUGGAGCAGCAGUAUGCCCAGAGCUACAAGCAAAUUUCCAUGCUAGAGGAUGACCUGGGCCAGACACGCAGCAUCAAGGAGCAGCUACACAAAUAUGUUCGAGAGCUCGAACAGGCCAACGACGACUUGGAGAGGGCAAAAAGGGCAACUAUUGUGUCUCUUGAAGACUUUGAAGGGCGUUUGAACCAAGCCAUUGAAAGGAAUGCCUUCCUGGAGAGUGAGCUGGACGAGAAAGAGUCUCUCCUAGUUUCUGUGCAGAGACUGAAGGAUGAAGCACGAGAUCUGAGACAAGAAUUGGCAGUCCGAGAGCGGACCACAGAUCGGAUGUCGGCACCCAGUUCUCCCACUUUAGACAUUGACAAGAUGGAUUCUGCUGUACAAGCUUCUUUGUCCCUCCCAGCAACCCCUGUAGGAAAGAAUAUAGAGCACCCCUUUGUCAGCUCGAAAGUUUUGACCAACGGCUGUGCUGGCUCCGCCCUCACUCCCUCUGCUAGAAUCUCAGCUCUUAAUAUAGUUGGAGACCUUCUGAGAAAAGUUGGGGCUUUGGAGUCCAAACUUGCUGCUUGUAGGAACUUUGCCAAAGAUCAGGCAGCAAGAAAAAGUUACCCCAUAGAGAAGGGCUCGCUCAUCAAUACGAAUGCCACCAAGUUCUCACACUCUCUACACACCACUUACUUUGAGAAAACCACUGUCAACGGCCUGGACCCCAGCCCUCUGACGUCCGUGGCGUCAUCCAGGGCCGUCUCUCCGCCGGGCAUGCUGCCGCUAAGUGUGUGAGGGAACCAAGGGCCACGUAAACCUCUGCUGAAACGCUUUUUCACCCAGUGCAGUGUGGCAACAGAGAGGACACUUGUGCUACUGUAUGUGUGCUUGAGUACUUGAAAGGGAGAGUGAAGUGUGUUGGCCUGUGUGGAAGUGUGCAUGUCUGAGUUUGAUGUAUGUAAGAGGCUUGACUAAACAAUGAACCUGCCUCCAGGUUGCAGCUCUAAGUGCAUCAGUGAGUAGGUGCACAUGUUCCUCCCACAAACUUGCAUGUGCCUACAGCUGUACUGUACUAUGCUUGAAUGAUUGUAAAUGCAACGCGUUGCUCUCCGGACGUCAACUUCCAAGUUGACCAAAUUACUAUGGCAAUUCCAUGAUUCAUCUGAAAACUGUUAUCCGUGACAAAAGGUCCACAAUAGACCACAGCUUCCUUUUUAACCUCAUUUUCCUCUCAAAUUUUUCUCCUAAAUUGCACAGUUAGUCAUUUUUUUUUUUUAGAAUGUAUAAUAUUUAUUGUAAAGGGAUGUGUUCAUGUGAACUAAUUUAUCUUGCAGUAUGCCUCAAAAUGCAAUGUUUCUAUUUGUUUUUGGGUUUUUUUUUUUUGCACGUGUGCAUAUGUGAUGUGUGUUUGAAGUAUGGGCGGAGCCCAUAUUCAUGAGAAUGACCGAAGUGAAUGUUGCUUGUCCAAAGCCAUGUAGCCAUAGUUCAGUCGUUGCUCUUAUUACUGGCUGAAAUAAUUUUGGAAAUCCCAGCGGGUUCUCUUCUCAAUUUUAACACGCUGCUGCUCACAGGUUUUCGCCGCAGUCGAGUGUAUUCCUCUGUCGACGUCCCCUGGCAUUUUCAAGAGAACUCUUUUGCCUUUUUGAUGUGUAUGUUUUGUUACCUUACUGCGAGCUUGCUGCAUUCCCUCACUGACACCAGCGGUUGGUUAUUAAAAUGAAGAUAUGAAUUUGGCUCCAAAAUCCCCUCUAAUAGAGCUAUAAGUGAAACAAAAUGGUUAAAAGCUUUUAUACAACUGCUCAUUAAUUUUGCCAGAUCUGUUUUUAAUUAUUAGUACAUCCGAGCUUUUGUGUAAUGCAGCACAUUUGCUAUUCAUCUCUUUGUUCAAUUUGAUUUAACUUGAUACUGGCUUGAUAUCCAUUUUACUUACCAAAACUGUAUCUGCAUCAAUAUACCUUUUUAUUCCUCUCACUUUCUCCCCCUCCACCUACUAAUUCCUCUCUCACAGCCUGGAGUACAUUUCAAAAGUUAGUAUUAAUUGUUAUUGUAACGAGUAUUUGAGAUGUCACUGAGCGCCAGCAGAGCCUGUUACCAACGCGAGUUCUACAGUCAGUUUGUAAAGUAUACUUUGUAUAGAUGUUAAAAUUUUGCCCACCACUGUACAUAUUCACAUUUGGCAUUAAAGUCCUAUUUAUUUCAGAUUCUGUAUGGCAUGUACCGGUAUUCAGAUAAUGAGUUUUACUCUCACAGUGGUUUCGGCCAUUGUAUUAUAUUGUUAUUAAAUUGUUUGUCAGAAUUGUUAAAUAAAGAUUGAGAU